AUGGAUGCUUACGAAAAGAAGAUAUAUGAAAUACUAAAACAAGAAUUCUCUCCAAAGAAUUUAGAAGUUAAGGAUGUUUCAGGUGGUUGUGGUUCGAUGUUUGCUAUUCUUGUGGAAAGUGAAAAGUUCAAGGGUAUUCCAAUGAUCAAGCAACACAGAUUGGUUAAUGAGGUUUUGAAAGAAGAGAUUGCUCAAUGGCAUGGUUUACAACUUCAAACCAAAGGUAUAUGA